AUGCCACCCAAAUUAAAUCAAAUUCAUGUCAGCAACAUUUAGAGUCAAGCGAAAAAUUAGGAGGUCGAGCAACUUCUUCAAACCAUUGGUCCUCUAAUGGAAUGGACUCCUAAGUAAAACAUAAUACUUAUAUUGAGACGCGAAGGAGAAGUAAAGUUUUCAUGCACGGCUGAAUAUUAUGAUGAAUUUACAGCAAGCAUAGCUGUUGAGACUUUAAAUGGAUACAAAUUCUAAGGGAGAGAACUAAAAGUCAAAUUACAUGGCAGUCUAACUUCCUUAAAAAUAUGUAUGAUUUCUUUUGUUCUAUGUUUUUUUAUUACAGUACCUUAUGCUAUAGAGAAAGUGAAUUAUAAAACAUCAAGUACUUAUAAUUUGAGUUUACCCUUGGAUGAGUUUUAUGGGAAUCUGACUACGAAAUAGAAAGUUGCAAUCAUUAUUGAUUUAAAACAAACUUUUUAGAAUAGGGAAGAAUUGUUGGAGAAACUACUUAUGGAGAACUAAAGAAUGGCAGAAUUCAUCUCGAAAAUACACCAAGAUGUAUAAAAGGGCUUUAAAACAAAUUACAAUAACGAUGAAUUUCACCAAAAUUCCUUUUAACAUUUUCAAAAUCAUCACAGAUACCCAUGA